AUGGGGCCUGCGGGGCCCGCGAUCGAUGGCCCGGCGGAGAAGCUGGUGAAUGAACUCCAGCAGAGCCGGAAGAUGCAGAUGAUCGACCAUCUACAGGCGAAGCUGUUGGAAGAUCAACGGCGAAGCCUGAAACAUUUCGAAUGCGUGCAGAGUGGUCUCAGCAUCAUGCGGGCGGGCGCCAUGCGCUCCCGACCCCAGACCUCUCCGGCGGGCGGCAUCGUCAAGCAGACGGCGCAAGAGUUGGGGCUGCAACGGCUCUCCUUUACCGAGACGUUGCGCCAGGAGGUCGAAGCCUCCAGGGUCUCGUGUGGCAUCCGCGGCAGUGUGGAGCUCCCGAGCCACGUGCCGAUGGCGCAGAUCCCCGAGCAGCCGGAGCUCGAGCGCCCCAAGACCUCGCCCGCCGCGCCCGUCACGGCGCCGCCCACCGCGGCGGCGCCCGCGUCGCCGGCGCCGACGUCGCCCUCGGCGAAGAGCGACGGCGCGGGGCAAUCGCUGAGCUUGAACAAAAGCUUGAAGACGAUGAAGACGGCAGGCACCGUGAAGUUCAGAGGGAGCGGCUCGGGCGGCGGCAGUGGGCCACUGGGGGUCAGUUGGAACGACGAAGAGGAGGAAUUCUGUCGCUUCCACGAGGAGUACCUCUUCCCCUUGGACCAUGAAGACUUCAACCUCGCUGAUGCCCAGCUCUAUCGUGCCAAAGGCUCCAGUUUGCUCCUGUCGCAGAGCAGCAACGUGAUGACCUUCGCCUUCGGUGGCGCGGAGGGCACGCGCCUAGCCACCGCUGAUUCGGAGGGAAGCUUGGCGAUCUGGAACGUCCUGGACCGGACACGGCUGUGGUCGGAGUCCAUCGGCUCCUGUGCGGCCAUGGUCUUCUCCUCCAGUGGAAAGCUCUUCGCGGCGGCGGAUCGGGCAGGACGUGUCCACUUCUGGCAGCUGGGUGGUAGCAGCUCCAAGCCCAGCGUCGAGUCCAACGGCUCCUUCCACGUCCACGGCGAGGUCUUGGCCUUGGCCUUCUCGAUGGAGAAGGGCCUGGCGGUCGCCACCAGCGACAAGGUGGUGCUCUUGGCCGUGCCGGUGUUGCAGGAGGUGGCCACGUUACCUCAGAGUGGAGAUAUUCAGGAGCUGUGCUUCUCACCGGACGGAGCUUUCAUGGUGGUCUCUGGAGUGAACGUGGAUGCCCGCAGCAGCCUACUGGCCGAGGAGGGCGACUUAAGCGCAGGGGUGGUCUUCUGGGAGGUCUCCGGAGCCUUCAAACGGUUAGGUUCCAUGAUCUUCCAACAGAUGAUCCGCGUCACCACGUUUAGACCGGACGGGCGAUAUUUGGCGGUGGCGGGCGACAACAAGCUCAUCUCGUUGGUGGACGUGCUCAAUGACUUUGAUCACGAGGGCGAUUUGCCUUGUAGCCACACAGUGCGUGCACUCGCGUGGAGUCCGAACCUCCGGUGCCUGGCCUCCGGCGGAGAGGAUCACCUCGUCACGGUUUGGGACUUGGCCUCCAAGCACAUCCUCUUUCAGAUGGAGCCCAUGAAGGUCUGCCUCGGCCUUAUGCGGAGCUUCCAGGUGCUGCCGGGUGCCGGCGCCGGCGCCAGCGGCACCAGCGAGGAGGAGCUGCCCCGGAACGCUCAGGGCCUCGGCAGCGGCGCGAGCCGGUGUCUUCGGGGGAAGAAGUGGGUCGUCCUCCUUCCCCUCCUGGGCCUCGCACUGCUGGGCUUGGCGUCCACGCUGGCGGUGCGUCGCAUCCGCUGCGGAGAUCCAGAGGCCUUGGAAGGGAAGGCGCAGAUCGAUGUCUCCUCGGCCCUGCGCAGGGCCGAGAGCCAGCUGCUUCGUGCCGCGGCAGCCGCGAAUCGCAGCAGCGCGGAGGAACGCGUCGUGCGGACUGGGCUGCCGGUGAUGUAUCAGACGGAGAAUCCGUCUGGAGCACGGAAGUGCACACCGAGUCGCGGGCUCAGCGCCUUGAAGUUCGGGCCGCCCAUUGGAUACGAAGAAGAGGACGAGGAUGGAUGCCUCCGAGUUUUUGAAGGAGAAUCCAUCGGCACCCUCUCCUAUGAGGGCGUUGGUGGCGACGAUGCCAGGCUCCGACGAAUUGAAAUUCGACGAUCAAACGAUGGCUGCUUUCUACUUUUCAAUGCUCAAGCCCAUAGCUACGACGAUAGCUUCCCCUUUUCGGAGCACUUCCUGGCUGGCAAACACGCCCAUGCGCAGUGGGAGAAGCACCAUAUCAGAAAGCUCGAUACUCUGCAGGUGCUUGGGGACAUCAAAGCCUACAAGAAGACGCAGAACACCCGGGUCGCCAAGCGAGCGGAAUGCGCCUUCAACCUCCUGGAGUCCUUCCUCUCCGUGGUGGCCAUGGGCGACGACCUCAAUGGCAUCCUGCGCACCUGCCCGCCGCCCCGCGACGGCGAGUCGGAGCUCGCCUGCCAGGUGGAUGGCAGCAUUCUGGUGGCCUGGGUGGGGAACUUGGCGACGAAGCUGGCCUUGGCCGCCACCAACUGCGCCUUGUCCCUGAACGUGGACGCCGUGUGCGCCGCCGGGGUCACCGGCCUGGUGAGCGCCUUCGGGGAGCUCUCGGCCGGGGCAGCGCUGGGCUCGGCCACCUGCCGUACCACGCCGGUGCCCUUGUCCACCACCGAGAUCAGUCAGCUGGGCGACACGAGCCUCAAGGGACGACGUCUGCUGAUCGGCCAGGGCGAGGUGGGCAAUGGAGUGCAGUGCGCAGUGGACGUAGGUAUGGUGGCAGCCAAUCUCGCGAAUCUGGGGAUGGCGAUCAACAAGGCGGUGAACGUGCACGAUUGCAAGAAGAGCACCUUCAAGCGCCCUCUGAAUGUGCUGAAGGGCAUCCCAGAAGCCUGGUGCACCGUCGACAUCGGCGGCGCCGUGGCCUACAUCAGCCAGGUUGUCACGUUCAUCAAUUUCAUCGUGGUGCACUGUCGCUUGGCGGGGUUGGCACUUGGGAUGCACCGGCUUUCUGUGGCUUACCAGAAAGCAGAAAGCAAUGAACAUCAGGUCUCCAGCUUUGAGGAGAAAGAGCCUAAAAGAGCCUUCCACACCGGCCAGCACCGCUGGAACAACUGCGAAAACGUCGCAGUCGCUGGAGAUCUCCGAAGCGAAUCGAAUACAGUACCCCAGAACCGAGAGUCACUCUUCCCCUUGGAUGAAGAGCUACUUUGGGCAUUGGAUGCGAUGCAAGUAACUCCAUUCGCAUGGAACACCGCCAUUUGCAGCUUCGAGACUGAUUUGCUUUUGGAGAUCCAUCUCGCGGAUGCUACAGUGGUAAACCACAUGCCCUUCCAACAUGUCCUCUACAAAGAGAACGACCUCUGGGUGCUUACCUGGUCUGCUGUGAUACGGUGGUGCUGCUGGUGGUACGGUACCUUCCAUCCGGUCCGUUCCUUCGGCUUCGAAGGCGAAGACUUCCUGGACAUCAACGCCCUCUGCGCCGGCUCCAUCGCCGCCAUCACCACCGGCGCGGCGGCGGUGGCACCGUACGGAGCGGCGAUCCAUGUGGGCUGCCGGCACAACGCGCUGAUGAAGAACCCCCAGGAGAUGGCAGACAUGGCAGACGGAGGGAGGGAGAUGGAGGAAGGAACUUCAGAAGAUCGAAGAGAUGUGGGUGUCUCGAUUCAGCAUGGGGAGAUGUGGGUUCUCCCCACCGCGGCACUGCCCCGGCGCCUUGCCGAAACCCCGCCGCUGGCGGAGAGCCUGGCGACCCUCGCGCGGACGCGGACGGCCGCCCGCGCGAUGGGCCUGAACGUCUCCGGAGACAUGGCGCAGGAUUGGAUCGUGAGAUUGGCAUGGAGCAGUCACGGCCUUCUGGCCUAUACGCACGCGGGCGCGCAGGGCGUCCGCCUUGCUCCUCUGGAAGAGGUCGCACCAGCGCCAAAGGAGAUGCCGAUGGAGCGGUCCCAGGAGCUGGAGGAGGAACCCGAAGUGCCGGCCUUUGUCUUCUCGGUGCGGUUACCCUCAAGCACAGGCGCUCCGGUGGCGAAGGAGCCGUCCUCCGAGGAGGGCUUUCGGCUGCACGUCGCCAAAGAUCGCGUGGACGUCCCCGCGAGUUCGAUGAAGCUGGACAUGAGCCAUCCAGGAUUGGUCUUUGCUCAGCAGGAGCCGAACUUUGUGAUGGGUCACCAUUUGACCGCCUGCAGUUUUAUGCCCCAUGGCCUGUCGUUGAUGGUCGCGGGAGAAGAGGUCUUCGAAUGGGAGGUGGAGGGCAAGACGAAGCUGCGAGAGAUUCAUCUGCGAGAUGCGGCGAACGUCUUGGCCACCUCCCCCUGCGGCGGUUACGUGGCGGUGGCCAACGCCACGACGGUGACGGUGCAUCGCCUGAUGUCCAAAGGACAAGAGGCCGUGCUGAACCGCAAGGUCACGUCGAACAUUGUCGCCUUGGCCUUCUCCUCCAGACACUUCUUAGCUGUGGGGACCAUCGAAAAGAAGGUCUUGGUGUUUCACCUGGAAGAUAGCAAGGAGCCAGAAGUCCUGGUCGCUCAGGUCAACGACCUGUGCUUCGCACCCUCCGGGGACAUCUUGGCCAUCCCCGGAGGGGAUGAUGAAGUGGGUCAGGUCUUGCUGUGGCGUGUGGAACGCGAGGCCUGCAUGUAUUUGGGCACGGUGGCCACUCGCGGCGUGGCGCUGUGCGCGCGCUUCGACGAGACGGGUGACAUCUUGGCCGUUGGAUGUGAUGACGAUCGGAUCGUCCUGCUUUUGCCGGAGCAUAGCUUCAAGUGCUGGACGGAGCUCCGGUCCAGCUUCUCCGUCGCUCGCCUGGCCUUCGCGGGGAACUUCCUUUGCGCUGCGGGUGACCGCGAGGCGGCGAUCUUCAACCUCUCCAACAGCCAGCUGGUGCUCCAAGUGCCGCGGCAGGAGGAGAAGAUCAAGGACAUCUCCCUCACCGGCGAUGGCUGCUUGGCCUGCUGCUUCCGAGGCCAUGUGACCUUGCUGCGCUUGGAAAACGCCCCUCAGGUGCCGAGCGGUCGAGCAGUCAUGCAGGUCCCCAGCGACAAGGAUCGCUUCAAGUCGCGGGGCACGGUGACGUCGCUGUCGCUCAAAUCCUCUCCCAGCGAAGUGAUGCAUUCGGUGCAGCUGAACUUUGGCCACGUGGAGGCGGCUCAAGAGGGACUACAGGUGAGUCGCAGCAUGAGGAGCACCGGCAGUUGCUCCAACUUAGAGCUGGGGGGCGAGGAUUCCUCCGCGCGGCUGGAAGCCCGGCGGAGCUUGAGCAAGUCCAAGUCGCUGCCCUCCGACACCAAGGUGGGAGAAGGCAGCGUCGAUGAGUCCGCAUACAUUCCAAUCCAUCCGGGCGAAGGUGACCUGUUGCAACAGCCGCCGUGGCUGCUGAAGCCGCGGAUCUCCGUCACCGACACGUCACAGGGCGGCGGCUCGAGAUGUACCACGCCCGGUGAGAAGGACGAGGACCCGGAGGCGGCGGCCUUGCGGAAGCGCAUGCUGCUGGCGCGGGAUCUGGGCCUUGAUCCGGCCAUCCAGAGCAAGAUCCAGAUCACCAAGCGUCCGGAGGGUGUGCCGAUCAAGCUGAAGCAUGCGGAUGAGGUUUGCAGCCUUUCCUUCUUCGGCUCCUCCCUGGUGGCCGGUGGCUACGACCAGCACCUGGCGCUCUGGGACGUCGAAGGCCUCACCCGGGCAACGGACGUCCACCUGGAGAGCGAGAUUGUUUGUGUCUCCUUCUCCCCUUGCGGCGAGUAUGUCUACUGCGGCGACGCGGAUCGACAGCUCAACGUCUUUAAAGCCAAGACGUUGGAACUCUUGGGCUCGGAGGUCAUCAAGGAGCAAUUCGGUUGCCUCGCGGGCAUCAGUACGCCGACCACCCUCCUGGCGGUGGGUUCCACGGCGGUGGUGAAGAUCUUCACCGUGCCACGGCUCGAAGAGGUGGCGUCCCUGCAGCAUGGCGGUCAGGUGCAUAGCCUGAGCUUCGCCCCGUCCCUUGGGAUGCUGGCGGCCGCCGGAGGCAUGGAUCUCACCGAUGGCCUUUUGGACUACAGUGCCAAGGAAAACCGCAACAUGAAGGCGAUGGUGUGGAAGUCCACGGAGCUGGCGGGGCUUUGGGACGAGGUGAAGACCGUGAACCUCCAGGACUUCUGCCACACCGCGGCCUUCUCGCCCUCGGGGCAAUGCUUGGCCUUGGCUGGGGAGGACCGGACGAUUUCCAUUCUCUCGGUGGGGAAGAAGUUUGAGAAGGUGGAGGAGCUGCUCUGCGGCGCCGGGAUUCGCACCUUGGCCUGGACCCGCAAUUCCCGGCUCUUGGCCUCCGCCGGCGAGGACAUGCGUGUCUCCGUGUGGGAUGUCCUCUUCAAGCGGGUGGUGCUUCAUUUGCCGAAGGCGGAGGAUUGGCUUUGUGGCCUCGCCUUCAGCAUGGACAGCCGAUGGUUGGCCACGUGUGGCUACGGCCAAGAGGCGGUGGAUCUGUGGCCCAUCGAGGUGGAGGACUGUGAGUUUUCGUGGUGA